AAGAAACUUCCAAAAAGCUUGUUUAAUCAAUUAAAAUGACUGCAACGAUAUAUAUAUAUACACAUCUCUCUAUGCUUGAAUUAAUCAAGUUUCUUUCUCUACACCAAUUUCUUGAAAUGGGUUUUCAUUAUUUCACUAAAGUUGCACUUACAUUAACGUUAAUGUCAACCAUGGUAGGUUUUUCGAUGGCGGUUUCAGACAAAGACAGAGAGGAGUGCGCAGAGCAGCUGGUGGGUUUAGCUACAUGUCUGCCCUACGUUGGAGGUAAUGCCAGAACUCCAACGCCAGAUUGUUGCAGUGGUCUGAAGCAAGUCCUCAAAAACAACAAGAAGUGUUUGUGUGUCAUUAUUGUGGAUAGAAAUGAUCCUCAAUUAGGUCUCAAGAUAAAUGUCACUCUUGCUUUAGGCCUUCCCUCUAUUUGCCAUGCAAGUGCCAACGUUUCCCAAUGCCCUGCCCUUCUACACUUAGCACCUAAUUCUCCAGAUGCUCAAGUUUUCUAUCAAUUUGCUAAUAGCACUAAUGAGAGUAGCAGCAGCCCCGCCCCUAGUCCUAGUGAUGAAGCGGCCAACAGCAGAGGACAAAUUGCUCAAACGAGGAGCAAUGGAUGUAGUAGCAAUGCAAAACGAUGGGUUGGGUUGGAGUUGGUUUGUGUGGGGUUUUCACUUUGGUAUUUCCUUUAUUCAAUGUUGUUGUUCAUAUAGGUCUAUUUGGUUGUGAUGGAUCAUUGUUCUUCCAUGCCCUUCUUGUAAUAUUGUGAAUUUUCGCAUUUUAUUUUCCUAAUUGAAUGUUAAGAGCUUUAAUUAUUGCUUGACA